GAAAAUAAGCAUUUACCUCGGCCAUCAAAUAGUGAAGGAGCUGGCAAAGUCAGCCUCUUGAAGAAAGUGCCAGCACUAAAGGAUGGAGACUUCACCCUAGCAGAAUGCACUGCCAUUCUGCUGUAUCUGAGUCGAAAGUACAACACUCCCGACCACUGGUACCCAUCAGACAUACAAAAACGGGCCCAGGUAGAUGAAUACCUCUCAUGGCAUCAUGCUAACAUCCGGGCUAAUGCUCCUAAGACCAUGUGGAUCAAGGUGCUGAUUCCCCUCUUCACAGGGCAGCCACUGCCCUCUGAGAAGCUUCAGGAGGUUAUGGAUGGGCUGUCCACUUCACUGAAGCAAUUUGAGGAGAGAUUUCUGCAGGACAAGGCUUUUAUCAUUGGGAGCGAGAUCUCUCUGGCAGAUCUUGUGGCUAUUGUGGAGCUGAUGCAACCUGUUGGAGUUGGUUGUGACAUCUUUGAAGACAGACCUAGGCUGAUGGAGUGGCGCAGGCGGGUGGAGGAUGCUGUGGGGAAGGAGCUUUUCUUCCAAGCCCAUGAGAUGAUCCUCAGUAUCAAAGAACUGAGCAACAUUCAAAUUGAUCCGCGGCUGAAAGAGCAACUGGCACCUGUGUUGCUGAAGAUGUUGAAAUGAAUUAACCUAUCUCGCCAUUUUUGCUGUCCUUUCUUUUUUUUAACUUCUUCUCUGACAUCCAGUUCUACAUGCAACUGGAAAGAGCACUGUAAUCCUAACAGAGAAAUUGCAGAGUGUUUCACCCCCUGCCAGGCCUUUCCUGUAUUUUUGGGGGUGGAAGAUGGGGAAGGUUUUAAGACCUGAAACAUUAAAGUUAUACAAAAUGCUGAGGCCUUACAGGUCACUUAACAUGUGCAUCUGGGUUUUAUUUCAGUCUUCUCAGAGAUGGCAGAGACAUGAAUGGUAUUUCCUGACAAAAUUUGAGCCAGCCUGCAAACUUGGAACAUUAGAGAACUGUAUAGGAUAGCGUUGUUUUUAUGUGUUUCAUGUGUCAGCAUGCCUGUUCCUCACCUUCCUAACCUGUGUCUGCACGCACAAGUAUAGCACAAAAACUACAGGCAGUCACAAAAGUGGAAAAAGGCAUUGAAAUUUGUUUUAUUUUUAAAGUUUCUUAUUGCUGAGGUAUUUUGCUUGACUGUCCAUGUACAUUCCACAGUUCUUCUAUUUGCCUUUAGGUUCCUAUGAGAAGUUUCUUCAUAUUCAGCUACAGCUGUGAAUCUUUGUAAUUCUUCAGUUUAACCACUACUCUUGAUUUAUGAAAGCCUGGGUUUUAUUGGUGCUCGGUCUGCCAGUACAUGUGGCAGGGGCAGUUCUUGGAGAUACCUGUGGUAAAGACCAAGCAACUUCAAAAUGCUGAGGGUGGCCACAGCCUUUGAAUAACUGCCUAUCUAAAGUACUUGAUUGAUACUAUAUAGGGAAUACACUGAAAAAAUGCACAGUGAUUUCUUGAAAUAUGGCAGCAAUCAAGUUGUUUUGUUCUGUGGUAAUACUGUAAUAGCAAUCCACAUGUCUCCUAGAAAAUGCAGAGGGAAUAAAUCUAGACGUGCUCUUUUGAGACUGUUUUGGAUGGAAGUUCACCAAGUAAGUCACCCUUGUGCAGCUGAAGCAAUAAGACAGAUUUUGUGGCACCGAGCAGCAUACCCAUCAAAAUAAAAGGGCAGAGUUGUUUUGGAGCUUUUGGACUCUUUUUCUUGGCUGUAUUUACUUCUGGUUAGCUGUAGCUCAGAUACAAAACCCUUCUGUACUGCAGAGCAAUUUAUGAGGUGAAACAGAGAAUCCAACUGUUUCUAGUUUCUUCAGUUUAAAAUAGCAAAUUGUAAAGGAUGCAGAAACUGAUGGAAUAUAUAUAUCUCUGUGUGUUUCCAUUCAUAAAUAGUUGUUGCCCUGAACCUUACCCUGAAAUCCUUGCCCAACAACACUUCCUGUAAGAAAUAAGACAAAAUGAGUAAACAAUUCAGGAACGGCUUUUCUCACUAAUCAAAUAGCUUUUCUUUCCAGUACUACCAUGGCUUGGCUCGUGAUGUUUCUGCUGGUAAGCUCUAUGAAACUGGAUCUGCUCUGGUGAUGUUUUUCACUAAGAUUUCAGUUCUAGAUACUACUGAUUUAGUCCAGAGCUUAGGGAGAUCUUUACAUUCUAUGUCUAGAAAGAGAUUUCUGUUGUAUACUUCAGCUUGCAUUAGCAGGAGAUUUUGUUUUGUGAUUAUGUUCCUUAUAAAGACAAGAGACCUGACUGAAGGCCCUCUCUUAUGAACCAAAAAUCUCAGAAACAGGCAUGUGUUUAUUCACACCCUUCCUUUCUUUUCUUCCCAAACUUUAGCGAAUAGUAUGUUUUUAUGGAUGUUUUAUUCGCAAAAUACUGUCCACAACCGAGUUAAAUUUUAAAUGGGAAGUGAUGGAUUUUAUUUUUUGAUAAUUUUGAGAGUGGAAUUGUUAAGUGGAUGAUGACAUGUGCAAAUGUCUGCAGGAGGGAAAAAAUACCAUGGUUUUCCAAAAGCUGAGCAUGUUUGAGAGUACUUGCUGCUGUGCUGUCCUAUCCUGAUUGUAUGUUCAUCCCCCUACAAGCACUUUAAUUGCCUGCUCCAAGACAGAGACAAUUUUAAAAGUGUCUUUAGUUUAAAAACUCGGAGGCCAUAAGCAAUCUGCCAUUCACAUGAUGAACCAUCAAGAGCGAAGGACAAUGCAUAUCAUUAAAGGCGAUUGUGAA